ACAGGUACUGUGAUCUAGUAUUAUAGUAAUAUUUAAUUAGUGAUCUUGUAAUUACAUAUAACAUUGCUGCUGCAGCCAUGGCUGCUAGAUCUUCAGCUAUCCGACCGGGAGAGCACAAAUCAUUGACAGUCGAUGUGCUGCCUUCAGCCUCUUGAUCCAUUGUGGAGUGCUUUGACGUCGGUGAUAUCUAACCAGUCUAAGCAUCUCCCGACAACGGGGAUUGCAGAAGCAAACCUCCGUACAUUUUUCUCUGCGAGACGACAUCAAAGUCAAAUUUUCACUUAUAAACCGUUUGCUUUCCUGGUGAUCUUGUGGUUAUAUUGCAUUCCUGGUUAUAAGAAGAUAAACCGUGAACAAUGGCUGUUAAAGGAUUAGGUGAAAUGGAUCAAACUUACGACGGUUCCAACUUGAGAGUUGGGAUUGUUCAUGCCAGAUGGAACAAAAAAAUCAUCGACUCUUUGGUUAAUGGUGCCGUUAAAAAACUCCUCGAAUUAGGAGUUAAAGAAGAAAACAUCUUUGUUGAAUCCGUUCCAGGCUCUUUUGAAUUGCCCUUUGGUUCUCAAUUGUUUGUUGAAAAACAUGAAAAAUUAGGUAAACCUUUAGAUGCCGUUAUCCCAAUUGGUACUUUGAUCAAAGGCUCUACCAUGCACUUCGAAUACAUCUGUGAUGCCACCACUCAUGCUUUAAUGAAAUUAAACUUUGAAUUGAAAAUCCCAAUCAUCUUUGGGGUCUUGACCUGUCUUAGUGACGAACAAGCCGAAGCCAGAGCAGGCUUGGUUCCAGGUAAAAUGCACAACCAUGGUGAAGACUGGGGUGCUGCUGCCGUCGAAAUGGCCACCAAGUUUAACGUCUCCCAAUAAUUCUAUAUAAUAUAAUAUAA